AUGACUUCGACCCUAACAUGGUUCGAAUUGGCAGAAUUCGAUGAUUUUCUUACUGCCUCGGUAGUUGACCCCAUUUAUUAUUGGGCAACUAUCAGAAAGGCAUAUCAUCAAACUAACUUCAAGGCCGAUAAAACAUUGUCAACAAAGGAAGCUUUGGCCUUGAUUAGAAAUCAUCUAGUUUUCCCAACUGGUGAAGAGGCCACUUUGGCAACGGCAAAAAGACUCAACUUCUUGAUGGAAGAUUUCAUGAAAAUGGGGAAGGUGCGAAACUUCUUGAGAAGGUACCCCGAAGAAUCCAAGAUUCGGGAAUUUAAUAGGCAUGCCAAAAGAUACUUUCAACUUUUUCAAAAGGAUUGCGGGUUUGAUGUUUGUACCACUGACAGAUAUUUGAGUAAAUCCGGGAACCUAGAGGCUUGUGUGAUUGCCAAAAGAGUGUAUGAACCCAAUGAAGAAAUUAAGUACCUUUUUGGCUGCCUUGCACAAUUGGAUGAGGAAGAAAUCAAUAAUUUCGAUCAAAAUGAUUUCAGUAUCAUUAAUAUCAGCUCCAAAAAUACCCCUUGUCUUAUGUUGGGUCCAACAAGAUUUGUCAACCAUGACUGUAAUGGCAAUGCUAAAUUUUGGUCCAAUAAAUCCGGGAUGACCAUUGUAAGUGUCAGAAGAAUUUUGGUCGGAGAAGAAAUUACUGUUACUUAUGCUGCGAACUACUUUGGUAAAAAAAAUAAAGAUUGUUUAUGUGCCACUUGUGAAAGAGAUGGCCUUGGUGGGUUUGCACCUAAACAAGAUAACGCGGAACAGCCGCAGAUUGUGGAGGAUGGAAGCGCAGAUGAAAAUGAUAAAAAAGUAAUAGAAGAUGUCCUCAGUGAUGAGGAAAAUAAGGAAGAUCAAAAAAAUCGUUUCUCAACGCCUGAAUCAGAUAUGGCAGACGGCACUAUGUAUGAACUUGUUUCAAGUGGAAGCGAUUCUGAAGGUGAACUUUUAAGUGAUGAUGAAUCAGAUAUAGAAUGUAUUGAUGAUCCUACAGGUGUUUCCGACUUAUUACAAGUCCCUAUCAGCUCUUCUACUGCUGAUAGUGAUGGCCAAAAGGAGGGCUCUCGUACUGGAGAUCUCGGCUCUAGUACAAAAUCUAAUGGUGGAAAUUUUUCUUCUAUCGUCAAUAGAGGUGGCGACACAUCUAAAGAAAAAAGCUCUGCUCCGCCAGAAUCUGCUACAUAUGAUGCUGGGGAAAAGUCAAAGGGUAAGAAGGGAUCAGUGUAUGGUGGCAGAUUGCGACCAAGGAACAAAGUCAAUAAAAAGAAAAAGGUUUUACAAACCAUCGACUUGUUCCGGAUCGAUGACUCUCCUGAUUCCUUUAAAACAAACCUCCAAACGUCUAAAGAUAGUUAUGCAUCAAAUUUCUCCGAAUUCUCUCAAAGAAAAAUAUUCAAAACCUUUCAAAGACUUUACAAUAAACGUUAUUAUGAUGCUAAAUUUCAGCUGGAGCAUGACAUUUAUGAUUGUCAAAAUUGUGGUUGCUACUUCGAAUAUGAUCCCAGUACUUUUGAAGCCAUGAACUAUGAAAUACACCCAUCCAUGCAUGCUGCUAAUGGGGAUGCCAACAAGUCUUCUAUCAACAAUUUGUAUUGCCCAAAAUGUUUGAGACAUUUUAAGAUUUUCAAAUUAGCGUGGCCUUUAACUAAAGUAGAUUUGACGAUAAGCAACCGAAUGGAAAGCAUCAGACAAUUUUUAACUUUUUGGCCAGCAAAGAGAAAACCGGUUGAUUUGAUUCCAGAACUGAAUAAGCAUCGCAAACUUGAUGGAGAUGGGAACUUGGAAGUAGAAGAUAAGGUGAAGGUAGACGAGUUGGAUCCUCCUCUGAGCAAUGGUGACAAAAAUGCAGGCAAAGUCAGUUACCGUUAUUACAAAGGAAAGCUCGUUGAAAUUUCGGGAGAAAACAAUGUAAAAGAUCCAGAACGUCUAAAAUUGGGCAGUGUCACUUCUGUCUUGAGUGAUAUAAAGGAUUUGAAAUUAACUCUUAAAACGAAUUCACCAAACUCUGGGACUAACUUGAAAUCAGAUAUUCCUUUGAAAGUUCAUAGAUUGAGAGAGUCUUAUAUCAAGAAGUUAAACGAAGAGUGGAUUGUACUUUUUCAAGCUUAUGAGGCUUUUGUCAAAGAACAAAUAGCGGAGCUUAUUGAGAAAAAUCCCCAUAUUUUAAAGACCUCGUUCUUCAAGAAUUCCAAGCAGGUCUCGGCUGGAUCUUGGAGAUCUUCUAUGACACCAGUAUUCAAAAAUUCAUCCAGAUCUGGCUCAAACCUCGCGCUUAGAACACAGGAAAAGGGACCAAAACUAAAACCACGGAGCUUACCAUCAACCUCAACCAAAGCAACAAGAAGAAAAGCUAGUGUGGCUGAUAUUGCCAACCAUAUUAAAUCAAGAGCUACAAGACAGAGGGAAAAGACCAAUACGACUUCUAAAAGAGGUAAAUACGUAUCGGACUCGGAUGAUGCUCUUCAAGACGUUGCACUUGGGGAUCAUGGGACUACUGAGAUUUCCUCUAGAUUGAGGGACAACUCUCGAAGACCGGUAAAAGGCGACCAACUGUCGUACUUCAAAAAGCCUAGACUUGACAAAUCUAAUUCAACUUCUUCGGCUCUGAAAACUGCUAAGAAUCAAAAGGUUUCUAUGAGAGAUUUGAUUUUAAAGUACAAGAAAAAUGGUGUUGAAGAAAACCAGGUGAAGUAUUAUAGAUCGAAGAGCGAAAGAAUUUCUCAAUCCUCUCAAAGCUCUUCUGAAAGAACAAAAGCCAAGCAGCCUACUCUGAAACUUUUUGCUCCAAAAGAAACAAAGCAACCUAAUGCAGUAAAAUCGCUUGCUUCUAAUUUGGGCUCAAGUUAUUAUGAAAAAUACCAAUCAAAACCAAAACCAAAACCAAACAUGCCAAUGUCAGCACCAAUGCCAACGGUUAGAUCUGGGCCUAUAUUAGAUCCAAGAAAGAGAAGAAGACCGAUUGCUCAAGAACCUAGAACUGUGGGUGAACCAGAAAAGAAAACUAGAAGCCUGCCAAGGGAUUACAAGAAGAUAACUUCUGAAACUAGCCGUCCCAAAUCCAAUAGUGACAAGUCUUUGGUUAAAAAGACGAAUAAUAAUGGUCUUUUUGUUGAAGAUGGCAUUGCAGGAGAUUCUGAUGAGCUGGAAAUUGUUGAGUAUGGCACUUCUGCCUCAGUAGCAGCUGAUGGAUACGAGUCAUCUUCGGAUGAAAAUGGAAAAUACAAUGUUUCGAUGAAGAAGAUUGAUGAUCUUCAAAUUGCUGGUAAAGCCUUUGAGUACUUUGAAAUCGAUUGA